CUCAGGUCUGGCUCGCUCCCUCCGCCCCCCCGACGCACAGCCGGAGGAACAGUUUUGUGCAGAAAUGCAACAAGUAGCACCCGGAGCUCCCGGAGCGCCCCGAGCCGCCUGACUUGGCCGGGCGAAGCCCGCCUGCGGAGACCCGGGCCGGCCACCGGACAAAGGGCGGAGGAGGGGCUGGACCGCGCUGCCGAGUCCGCAAGAAGCCAUUCGGCGGCUCUGGCCAGGCCAAGGGGAAUGCAGAGGAGACACGCAGCAGGCGGGCCAAGAGGACGCUUCGGCCGAAGCACGCAGGGCGGGCGGCGAUGGAGGCUGCCCGCGCGGUGCGCUUCCUACUCGUGGUGUGCGGCUGCCUCGCGCUCCCGCCGCGGGCCCAGCCGGUGUGCCCCGAGCGCUGCGACUGCCAGCACCCCCAGCACCUCCUGUGCACCAACAGGGGGCUCCGCGCCGUGCCCAAGACCAGCUCGCUGCCGAGCCCCCAGGACGUGCUCACCUACAGCCUCGGCGGCAACUUCAUAACCAACAUCACGGCCUUCGACUUCCACCGCCUGGGGCAGCUCAGACGGCUGGACCUGCAGUACAACCAGAUCCGUUCCCUGCACCCCAAGACCUUUGAGAAGCUCUCCCGGCUGGAGGAGCUGUACCUGGGCAACAACCUCCUGCAGGCGCUCGUCCCGGGCACGCUGGCCCCGCUGCGCAAGCUGCGCAUCCUCUACGCCAACGGGAACGAGAUCGGCCGCCUAAGCCGCGGCUCCUUCGAGGGCCUGGAGAGUCUGGUCAAGCUGCGGCUGGACGGGAACGCCCUGGGGGCGCUGCCGGACGCGGUCUUUGCCCCCCUGGGCAACUUGCUCUACCUACACCUGGAGUCCAACCGGAUCCGCUUUCUGGGCAAGAACGCCUUCACCCAGCUGGGCAAACUGCGCUUCCUCAACCUCUCCGCCAACGAGCUGCAGCCCUCCUUACGCCACGCAGCCACCUUCGCACCGCUGCGCUCCCUCUCCACGCUCAUCCUCUCGGCCAACAGCCUGCAGCACCUGGGGCCGCGCGUCUUCCAGCACCUGCCGCGGCUGGGCCUACUCUCACUCAGGGGCAACCAGCUCACACACCUGGCGCCGGAGGCCUUCUGGGGCUUGGAGGCCCUGCGCGAGCUGCGCCUGGAGGGGAAUCGGCUGAGCCAGCUGCCCGUGGCGCUGCUGGAGCCCCUGCACAGCCUGGAGGCGCUGGACCUUAGCGGGAACGCGCUGUCCGCCCUGCACCCCGCUAUCUUUGGCCACCUGGGCCGGCUGCGCGAGCUCAGCCUGCGCGACAACGCGCUCAGCGCCCUCUCGGGGGACAUCUUCGCCGCCAGCCCGGCCCUCUACCGGCUGGACCUAGACGGCAAUGGCUGGACCUGCGACUGCCGUCUGCGCGGCCUGAAGCGCUGGAUGGGCGACUGGCAUUCUCAAGGCCGCCUCCUCACCGUCUUCGUGCAGUGUCGCCACCCCCCGGCCUUGCGGGGCAAGUACCUGGAUUACCUGGAUGACCAGCAGCUGCAGAACGGGUCCUGCGCAGAUCCCUCGCCCUCAGUUUCCCCGACCGCCGACGGCCGGGGGAGGCCCUUGCCCACCACCACCGGGGAGGCGGCGGCGCCCCCUGCAGGCGGCCUCUCGGAGGUGCUGCCGCGGCAGCCGCAGCCGCAGCCGCAGCCGCAGCAGCGCGGGCGGUUUCUGCCCGGGGGGGCCUGGGACGGGGCCAGGGAGCUCCUGGGCAACCGCAGCGCUCUGAGGCUGAGCCGCCGGGGCCCGGGCCUCCAGCCGCCGGACCCCUCCGCCGCCGCCGCGGGCCCCGCGCCCCAGCCCCUGGACCUGCUCCAGAAGCCCGAGCGGGGCCCGCCGACUCCCGCCGAGGCCGCCCGCGCGGAGCCCAGCCCGACGGCCGCGCCCGCCUCUGCGCCACCGCCCGCGGGCGACCCCUGGCAGCGCGCGGCGAAGCAGCGCCUGGCCGCGCAGCCCCGGGAGAGCGCCGCCCCGUCCGACGGCGGGGCCGGGCCGCCGCCGCCGCUGGUGUCCGACCCCUGCGACUUCAACAAGUUCAUCCUGUGCAACCUGACGGUGGAGGCGGUGGGCGCCGACAGCGCGUCGGUGCGCUGGGCCGUGCGCCAGCACCGCAGCCCCCCGCCGCUGGGCGGCGCGCGCUUCCGCCUGCUGUUCGACCGCUUUGGGCAGCAGCCCAAGUUCCACCGCUUCGUCUACCUGCCCGAGCGCAGCGACUCGGCCACGCUGCGCGAGCUGCGCGGAGACACCCCCUACCUGGUGUGCGUGGAGGGCGUCCUCGGCGGCCGCGUCUGCCCGGUGGCGCCCCGCGACCACUGCGCCGGGCUGGUCACCCUGCCGGAGCCCGGGGCCCGGAGCAGCGUGGACUACCAGCUGCUGACCUUGGUCUUGCUGGCGGUCAACGCGCUGCUGGUGCUCCUGGCGCUGGCGGCCUGGGCGUCGCGCUGGCUGCGCAGGAAGCUGCGGGCGAGGCGCAAGGCGGGCGCGCCCGUGCACGUUAGGCACAUGUACUCCACCCGACGGCCGCUGCGCUCCAUGGGCACCGGCGUGUCUGCAGACUUCUCCGGGUUCCAGUCGCACCGGCCGCGCGCCACCGUGUGUGCGCUCAGCGAGGCCGACCUCAUCGAGUUCCCCUGCGACCGCUUCAUGGACAGCGGCGGCGGCGGCACGGGGGGCAGCUUGAGGCGGGAGGACCAUCUUCUGCAGCGAUUUGCUGACUAGCUCCAGAGAC